AUGGGGAUGCUGUGGACACCACUGGCUCCUGCUGUGCCAUGCCAUUGGUAUGUGUGCAGGUGAGUAGAUGCAGUCAGCUCUGUCAUACCAGGGGCGGACUGACAACUCAUGGGGCCCCCGGGCAAUAGGGGAUCAUGGGACCCCUGUGUCCUUCCCCAAACUCAAAAAAGGUACCAGGGGCAUCUCAUGGGGCCCCCUACUGACCCUGGGCCCUAGUUUCCAAAUGGUCAGUCCGCCCCUGGUC